GCCUAUAAAACGCUCUUAAUACUGUCCCAAUAACCCAACCGUACGUUGGGAUCAUCUCCCUCCCUUCUCAUUCAUGGAAGAUGUUCCCAUGCUGGAGCGUGUCUGUGGGUGGUAGAUUGCGUUGGAACGUUAUUUUGUUGGUAGCGAAUCUAAAGGUGGUACGGUAAGAGCUAUCGGGCAGAGAGAACGAAAAACCGCUACCGGUUACUGCUGCCGGAAAACUGCUACCGGUUAUACGUGUGGUGUAUUGUCUUUCUUCUUCUCAAAUUUACUCCUCUCCCCAUUAAACUCUCAAUAUCGUCUUUGUUGAGACAGAGCGCGCGCUGCGCAUGCGCAUAUCCGACAGUCAAAACCUCAAAAAAAUAGAGAGGAUCGAAGCAUAAAAGCAAAGCAAAGCGAAAGAAGAAGGGAUAAAGAAGAAGCGGAGCAGAGUCGCGUCGAUAGACCGUCGAAUCUUGGAAUAUGGUUAUUGUUAUUUAAAUAACUGUUCUAGUUACAGUUUCUUACCAUCAAGUAUUGCGUGCUUCGUACGGUCUAUCAACGCGCUCUGCAACAAUCACCACCACAGCAUCAACGACCGAAAAACAGAAAAAGUGAUCGCAGCAAUCCAUCCACUAAACCCUAGUGUGUCCACCAGUUCGUUCUCUUACCCAUUUAUAUCUUUUACUUUCUAGUUAUUAAAUCACUUAAAUUAAUGGAGGAAGCUAGGGUUUUUGAGAGCAUUGGCGGCCAAGGGACUAGGUCCCCGGACAAUGUUAAGUCUUCUUACUGGCUUGAUGCUUGUGAGGAUAUGCCAUGUGACCUUAUCAGUGACUUCGUUGAUUUUGAUUCGGUUGCCCCCGAAGCAGUCGACGAUUCUUCUUUGAGCCAGGGUGCUGAUGCCUGUUUCUUUGGGGGAAUCGAUAAGAUUCUUGAUAGCAUAAAAAAUGGUUGUGGUUUACAGCCUCCUGUUUGCGACCCGAUCGCAACUGGUCAAGGAGUUAAUGAUAGUUUUGUCGGAGAAGUUCGACCAGAGAACGUAGUGUAUGGGGACUCCAAAAUGCGAGUAGAGGAGUCCUUCAAUGCCACGGUUGAAGAGGAUAGUCCUUUAAGAAGAGCACGGCGGAUUGAGUGUAAUCGAAGUAGUACUGACGCUAAUAGGCGUUGCGGAUCUCACAGUUCCACUAAGCGUUUUGAUGGUUCAGAACAUUGGGAGGAAACGUACUCAAAGGACGAUGGGGUUCAAAGGCGUGAAAGUAGGGAUAGCGAGGUUAGGAAAGAGAAUGGAUUCCGAAGGCAUGAAGAAAAUCGAGAUGGUGAGGCUAGGAGAGACAAUGGCGUGCGAAGGCAUGGUGGUCGGGAUAGUGAGGUCAGGAGAGACAAUGGCGUGCUAAGGCAUGGAAGUCGGGAUAGCGAGACUGUUAGUAGAGAUGGAGGCGUUGACAAUUCAGAAAGAUGCAACAAAUGGCUUCGUCUUAACUACUGUAGUGAGGGGAGGGAUUAUUCAGUCAGCCGCCAUGAUCUCCCAAGGGAGCGUUCAAGCAGGAAGAGGCUCCGAGAUCGUGAAGAGAUUGAAAGGCGUGAUAGGGAUCGGGGCAGUAAAAGGGAGCGCUACUGUAGUGAUAAGAGAGACUUUAGGGAUCGGGAUUGGAGGGAGAGAGAAAGAAGAGGUUACUGGGAGAGGGAUCGAUCUGGCAAGGUCAUUUUUCAUGUUGGUUCUUGGGAGGCUGAGUACAACAGGGAGUUGAAGAGAGCCAAGGAAGAAAACCCUGGUCCAAUUGAGACUGUUGAGAAAAAAACUGAUGAGAAGAAGGAGAAACCAGCUGAAGAGCAGGCCAGGAAGUAUCAGUUGGAUGUUCUGGAACAGGCAAAGAAGAAGAAUACAAUAGCUUUUCUUGAAACAGGAGCAGGAAAAACUCUCAUAGCUGUUCUCCUUAUCAAGAGUGUUUGCAACAAUCUUCUUAGGGAAAAUAAGAAAAUGCUAGCAAUAUUUUUGGUACCCAAGGUUCCACUUGUAUAUCAGCAAGCUGAAGUUAUUCGUGAGAGAACUGGUUACAAAGUGGGGCAUUAUUGCGGUGAGAUGGGUCAAGAUUUCUGGGAUGCUCGUAGGUGGCAGCGUGAAUUUGAAUCAAAACAGGUUCUGGUAAUGACAGCUCAAAUUCUUUUGAACAUUCUCAGGCAUAGUAUAAUCAAGAUGGAAUCCAUUCAUCUCCUUAUUUUGGAUGAGUGCCAUCAUGCUGUGAAGAAACAUCCAUAUUCACUAGUGAUGUCUGAGUUCUAUCAUACCACUCCAAAGGAAAAGAGACCUGCUGUUUUUGGAAUGACGGCUUCUCCUGUCAACUUGAAGGGUGUUUCCAGCCAAGAGGAUUGUGCAAUAAAAAUUCGGAAUCUUGAAAGUAAAUUAGAUUCUAUAGUUUGUACAAUAAAAGACCGGAGAGAGCUGGAAAAACAUGUUCCUAUGCCAUCAGAAGUUGUGGUGGAGUAUGACAAAGCAGCUAGCUUGUGGUCCCUUCAUGAACAGAUAAAACAAAUGGAAUUAGCUGUUGAAGAAGCUGCACAUUCAAGUUCCAGAAGAAGUAAAUGGCAAUUUAUGGGGGCCAGAGAUGCUGGAGCAAAAGAAGAGCUGCGCCUUGUUUAUGGUGUUUCUGAAAGAACUGAAAGCGAUGGAGCUGCUAAUUUAAUUCAGAAACUGAGGGCUAUUAACUAUGCUUUGGGAGAGUUAGGACAGUGGUGUGCUUACAAGGUUGCCCAUUCAUUUUUAAUGGCCUUACAGAAUGAUGAAAGGGCAAACUAUCAGCUUGAUGUGAAGUUUCAAGAGUCCUACUUGAAUAGAGUAGUUUCUCUCUUACAAUGCCAGUUAUCUGAGGGAGCUGUAUCUGACAAGGAUGCUAAAGGUGCAGAUGGAGAGAAUGGUAAUGUUCAAUAUGGGGGUGAUCCUGAUGAAAUUGAAGAAGGGGAGCUUCCUGAUAGUCAUGUUGUCUCUGGUGGAGAGCAUGUGGAUGUGAUAAUUGGAGCAGCAGUAGCUGAUGGAAAAGUGACACCAAAAGUGCAAUCAUUGAUUAAAAUUCUUCUAAAGUAUCAGCACACAGAGGAUUUCCGUGCAAUCAUUUUUGUGGAGAGAGUUGUGGCUGCAUUAGUUCUUCCAAAGGUUUUUGCAGAGCUUCCAUCUCUUAGUUUUAUCAAAUGUGCAAGCUUGAUUGGACAUAACAAUAGUCAGGAAAUGCGUACUUGUCAAAUGCAGGAUACAAUUGCAAAAUUCCGUGAUGGUCGAGUGACAUUAUUAGUGGCCACUAGUGUAGCGGAAGAAGGGUUGGAUAUUCGGCAAUGCAAUGUUGUCAUUCGGUUUGAUCUUGCAAAGACAGUUUUGGCAUACAUUCAGUCCAGGGGCCGUGCAAGGAAGCCCGGGUCUGAUUACAUUUUGAUGGUUGAGAGGGGAAAUUUAUCACAUGAAACUUUUCUGAGAAAUGCACGGAAUAGUGAGGAAACAUUGCGAAAGGAAGCCAUAGAGAGAACUGACCUUAGCCAUCUUAAGGGUACUUCAAGGUUAACAUCAAUGGAUGCAAUACCAGGUUCAGUGUAUCAGGUGGAGUCAACUGGUGCUAUUGUGAGCCUGAACUCUGCUGUCGGACUAAUACAUUUUUACUGCUCACAGCUCCCUAGUGACAGGUAUUCAAUACUUCGUCCUGAGUUUAUUAUGGAGAGACACGAGAAGCCAGGUGGUUCCACCGAGUAUUCAUGCAAACUUCAACUUCCCUGUAAUGCACCCUUUGAAAAGCUUGAGGGUCCUUUAUGCAGUUCAAUGCGACUAGCACAACAGGCUGUAUGUUUGGCUGCCUGCAAGAAGCUGCAUGAGAUGGGGGCUUUUACUGACAUGCUCUUACCAGACAAGGGAAGUGGGGAGGAAGGUGAGAAGGUUGACCAGAAUGAUGAAGGAGAUCCUCUCCCUGGAACUGCAAGGCAUAGAGAAUUCUAUCCUGAAGGCGUUGCUGAUAUUCUUUGGGGAGAUUGGAUUUUGACUGGUAAAGAUGUCUGCGAUAACUUGAAAUUGAUUCACCUGUAUAUAUAUGCUGUGAAGUGUGUAAACGUUGGCGCUUCAAAAGAUCCUUUUUUGACUCAAGUUUCAGAUUUUGCAGUACUUUUUGGCAAUGAGCUGGAUGCAGAGGUUUUAUCGAUGUCGAUGGAUCUCUUUGUUGCUCGAACUAUGAUAACAAAGGCAUCCCUCGUCUAUAGGGGACCUAUAGAUAUUACAGAAACCCAGCUGGUUUCUCUGAAAAGUUUUCAUGUUAGACUCAUGAGCAUUGUUCUAGAUGUGGAUGUUCAACCCUCUACCACUCCCUGGGAUCCUGCAAAGGCAUAUUUAUUUGUUCCUGUUGUUGACAAGAUAUGUCAUGAUCCUAUAAAAGAAAUUGACUGGGAUCUGGUUGAAAAUAUAAUAAGUACAGAUGCAUGGAGCAAUCCCCUUCAGAGGGCUCGUCCGGAUGUUUACCUUGGUACAAAUGAACGAACGCUAGGUGGAGACCGUAGAGAAUAUGGAUUUGGGAAACUGCGGCAUGGUAUGGCUUUUGGCCAGAAAUCCCAUCCCACCUAUGGAAUUAGAGGAGCUGUUGCACAAUUUGAUGUUGUCAAAGCUUCUGGAUUAGUUCCUAAUCGGGAUGCUAUGGAAAACCUUGAUGAGGAUGUUACCCAAGGCAAAUUGUUCAUGGCUGAUUCAUGCAUUGAUGCAGAAUCUUUAGUGGGGAGGAUUGUCACUGCAGCUCACUCAGGGAAGAGGUUCUAUGUGGAUUCUGUGCGCUAUGAUAUGAAUGCUGAAAAUUCAUUCCCUAGGAAAGAGGGUUAUUUAGGUCCACUGGAGUAUAGUUCAUAUGCUGACUACUACAGGCAAAAGUAUGGAGUAGAGUUGAUAUAUAAGAAGCAACCUCUAAUAAGAGGACGUGGCGUCUCAUAUUGCAAAAAUCUUCUCUCCCCUCGAUUUGAGCAUUCUGAAGCAUGUGAAAGUGAAUCUGAUGAGGCUCUUGAUAAAACAUACUAUGUGUUCUUGCCUCCUGAACUAUGUUUUGUACAUCCACUUCCGGGUUCACUUGUUAGAGGUGCUCAGAGGUUGCCCUCAAUAAUGAGGAGAGUUGAAAGUAUGCUUUUGGCAGUUCAAUUGAAGGAUAUGAUCAAUUAUCCUGUUCUUGCUUCAAAGAUCUUGGAGGCUUUGACUGCUGCCUCAUGUCAGGAGACCUUCUGCUAUGAAAGAGCAGAACUUUUAGGAGAUGCUUACCUCAAGUGGGUUGUUAGCAGAUUCCUUUUUCUUAAAUACCCCCAGAAACACGAGGGUCAGCUUACUAGGAUGAGGCAGCAAAUGGUCAGUAACAUGGUACUCUACCAGUAUGCUCUAAAUAAAGGACUCCAGUCAUAUAUUCAAGCCGAUCGUUUUGCUCCAUCAAGAUGGGCUGCUCCUGGUGUGUUACCUGUAUUUGAUGAGGACACCAAGGAAGCAGAAGUAUCGUUCUUUGAGAAGGAUGUUACACCACCUGAGGUUGAACCAGGAAAAAGCUUGUGUGGUGAUUCAUAUGAAGAUGAUGAAAUGGAGGAUGGUGAAGUUGAGAGUGAUUCAAGUUGCUAUAGAGUCCUCUCUAGCAAAACAUUGGCUGAUGUUGUUGAAGCAUUGAUAGGAGUAUAUUAUGUUGAAGGUGGGAAGCAAGCUGCAAAUCACCUAAUGAAAUGGAUUGGAAUUCAGGUGGAGUUUGAUCCUAAAGAGAUAGAAAGCUCAAACAAGCCACGUGCUAUCCCAGAAAGCAUACUCAGGAGUGUCAAUUUUGAAGCCCUGGAAGGUGCCUUAAAUAUUAAAUUUAAAGAUAGAGGUUUGUUGGUUGAAUCCAUUACUCAUGCUUCACGCCCUUCAUCGGGAGUUUCCUGUUAUCAACGCCUAGAGUUUGUUGGUGAUGCUGUUCUGGAUCAUUUGAUUACAAGGCACUUGUUCUUCACAUACACUGAUCUACCACCAGGCCGCUUGACUGACUUGCGUGCUGCUGCUGUAAACAACGAAAACUUUGCACGUGUUGCAGUUAAGCACAAGCUCCAUCUGCACCUUCGGCACGGAUCAAGUGCCCUUGAAGCUCAGAUUCGGGACUUCGUAAAUGAUGUCCAAGAUGAAUUGUUAAAGCCAGGGUUCAACUCUUUUGGCUUGGGAGAUUGUAAAGCUCCCAAGGUACUUGGUGAUAUUGUUGAAUCCAUUGCUGGUGCCAUUUUUCUUGAUAGUGGAGGGGAUACUUCUGUCGUGUGGAGAGUUUUCCAACCGUUGUUGCAUCCAAUGGUAACUCCAGAAACCCUUCCAAUGCAUCCUGUCAGAGAACUGCAAGAGCGAUGCCAGCAACAGGCUGAAGGGUUGGAAUACAAAGCCACUCGAAGUGGCAAUCUGGCUACUGUUGAAGUCUACAUUGAUGGUGUUCAGGUUGGAAUUGCUCAGAACCCACAGAAGAAGAUGGCACAGAAAUUAGCUGCAAGGAAUGCGCUCAUUGUAUUGAAAGACGAGGAAACAUCCAAAGCUAAGAAGGGUGAAGAGAAUGGAAAGAAAAAGAACGGCACUCAAACAUUCACUAGACAGACAUUGAAUGACAUAUGCUUGCGGAGGCAGUGGCCGAUGCCUCAAUAUCGGUGUGUAAAUGAAGGUGGUCCUGCACAUGCAAAGAGGUUUACAUAUUCUGUUCGUGUGAAUACUACUGAUAGGGGGUGGACAGAUGAUUGCGUUGGGGAACCCAUGCCAAGCGUUAAGAAGGCCAAGGAUUCUGCCGCUGUUCUUCUGUUGGAGCUUCUUAAUAAAUGGUAUCCACAUUCAUGAGUGGAUAAUAUGCUUCUCUAGAGUAAAGCUGCUCAUCGAAAGCAACUCAACUCAACCCAAAGCUUCAGCCCUCCCAGACAAAGGAUGGCCUGCAACUUAAAUAUGUCAAUAAACAUAUAGGGCUGCGUACAAAAUCAGAUACAGGUAGAUCCAAAUUUGUUUUAUUUAUAUUUGGAUUCGAAUUGAUCUUUUUGUUGGAUUAA